AUGAGCAGAAGUAAAAUUAUUUUGUAAAUAAGAAAAGAGAGUUUCUUGGUUUUUUGAAAGUUAAGCUGAACCAAAAGAAGAAUAAAAUUAAUCUUCUUAACAAGUUAACACUAUUGAAGAGUAAAAAUAAGAUUAAAAAAAUUAAUAAUCCCAUCCAAUUUAGAUGAUCGCUUAAACCAUGCCUAUAAUAUAAUAAGAUUUCGAGAAUAAUAGGACUAGAAAAGUUUCAUUUAUUCCAUUUGUAGGUAAUAGAGUUGGUGAAUCCACUCCACCAAAAUUAAGUACAAUUUAUGAAGAAUAACCAAGUUCAAAAAAAUAAGAACCUUAAUAAAAUAAGAUUCCAUAAAUAUAAUAAACCUAGCUUCAUUAAUCAACUUAAAAAUAACCAACUGUUUAAACUUAAAUUAUUUAAACACCAUAAUAAUAACCAUAUCGUACACCUAAGGCAAUUCAAAUUGAAGAAAAUAGUGUAAAAUAAUCCUAUAGAAAAAAUGUAAAACCAAUCGAAAUUGAUAUUGCAAAAGAACUCUAGUAAUUAACUUAAUUGGCUGAAAUGAAUGAUGCCACUUUAAAAAGAGUGACAACUAGAGAAGAAUAAGAAAUCUUAAUUAUUUAAGAUAUAUUGACUUAAAAAAUAAGCAAACUUCAAUAGAAGUUAAUUUAAUUAAAUGAAAUUGAAUAGAAAUAACUUGAUUUAAGGAUGAAUAAUAACACUAAACUUAAUUAAUAACAAGAAAAAGAAAAUUACACAGAAAAUCAACCAGACGAACCAAUCAAACAAGUAUAAAAAGGAACAUCUUAAUAAAUUAGAGCCAUAUUAAUUGAUUGUCUUGGCUAUAGAGUUAAUAAUAUCUAUUAUGAUAAAAAAUAAUAUUUUAUAACAUUCACCUAUAAAUAGGCUAAUGUUUAAUACGCAUUUUAGAAUUCAAAAUAGAUAGACGGAACUCCAGAAAUUUUAGAUAUUUUUAAUGAAUUCUAUAAAGAAUUAUAAGAAAAUAGAUUAGUUUUAUCAGGUUUGAAGGUUGAUUACAAAUAAAAACAAGAUAUAAAUAAAGGUGAAAUCUUGUAAUUAUCAUUAAAACAUUAAUUUUAAAAUACUAACAAAAUGGCUAAUGAGAUUAUAUUUUCUGCUAUCCAUUAAAUGCCAAUAUUGUUAUAAAAAGUUGAUGAAUUAGAGUAUUAAUUGCUUUAAAAUAAUAAAAUUUGGGGAACUUUAUGGAAACUUGAUCCAGAAAAAGGAUCGAUUUUGAUUUUAUUCAGUCAUAGGAGUAGAUUAGAUGAUAAAAAUUUAUAAUAAAAUUCAAAAAAGAGACUUUUAAGAUUUGAAAUAAAUUUAAGAACAUUCGAAAUUCAAUAUUAAUUUUUCAAAUAUUUUGAUGAAAUAAUUUCUCCAUUCAUAUAAAAAGAUUCUAAAAGAAAAAGAAGUGCUUAAGAAAUCUCUUUUGGUGAGAGAAUAGAAGGCUUGGUAAAUGAUGAAUAAUCAGAAUCUAUUUAAGAUUUUUUAUCGAGGAAACCGAAUUUAUAAGAACUCGUUGAGUGGUUGAACAUUAUAUAACUAAAUUGA